AUGCGUGGGGGCUCGACAGAAGAAGGGGACGAGACGGGGGGAUGGACGAGGGAAGAAAGAGUUGGACGCGAUGAGCACGCGUAUUUAUACGGGGCUGACGAGGUCUGUGCGUCGAACGGCGUCGUUGCAUUAAAUGCCAACGGCCCGGGCCCGCCGCUAACCAAGUUGAAGCAAACUGCGUCCAUAGCGGCUGUGGAGGGUGCCAGAGUUUCGCGUCCCGAUUUUGAAGCGAUAGCGCCCUAUGAUGAGAUGGAUGGGGAGACGACACCAGCGGAGAAAUGA